CUCAUUACCUAUAAAGCCCGUCGCUUCGAAAAAUCGUUCUAAAACCCUAAUUUUUCUAGGGUUCUAGCGUCUCCACUUCGCCUCUCUCUCAUUUGCAAAGCUUUUUCAACAUGGGCAAGUCCAGCAAGAAAUCUGAUACUAAGGUUGCUGUGGCUACUCCUGUCACAGAUGUGAAGGCAUCUAAAAAGGGGGCUAAGAGGGAUGCAGGGGACGCUUUGGAGAAAUUGGCGAGCGCCAAGAAGCAGAAGAAGGAAGUAGAGGUUAAGAAGAAGGUCCCUCCACCAAAGAAAGAAGAGUCCAGUUCUUCAGAAGAAGAAGAUUCUUCGUCUGAGGAUGAGAAACCAGCGGUUUCCAAGAAGGUACCUGCUGCAGCAUUGAAGAAGUCUGACUCUAGUGACGAGUCUUCUGAGUCUGAGAGUGACAGUUCUGAGGAUGACAAGGUUGCCAAACCUGUACCAAAAGCAAAGGCCACUGUGACUGCCUCAAAAGUGGUUCCAAACAAUGGUUUAAAAAAGAAAGAAGCCAGCGAGAGUGAAUCAAGUGAUAGCUCAGAAAGUGAAUCUGAUUCAGACUCUGGCAAGAAAAAGGUUGGAGCUGCUAAACCUUUACCAUCAGCAAAGGCAACCAACGGUUUGAAAAAGAAAGAAGAAUCGAGUGAGAGCGAAUCCAGUGAUAAUUCAGAAAGUGAAUCUGAUUCAGACGCUGAUAAGAAAAAGGCUCCUGCUUCCACUGGUGCGGGCAAGCCUGUUGCAAAAGCUGUCAAGAAAGAGAGCAGCAGUGAUGAAGAUGAGGAUGAUAGCUCAGAUGAUGAACCUCCAAAGGCACAAAAGAAUAUAGCAACUAAGGCUACUCCAAAGCCAAAGGUACAAGAGAGUUCUGAUGAGAGUGAAGAAGAGCCACAAAAGAAGAAGGUGAAAGUUCAGUCGAACAAGGACAGCAGCAGUGAUGAAGAAGAUGGCUCUGAAGAUUCUGAGGAUUCGUCAGAGGAAUCUGAAGAUGAAAAGCCAGCAAAGACGCCAAAAAAGGAUUCCGAUGUAAAGAUGAAAGAUGCACCAUCAUCUGGCUUUGAGAAAAAGGAGCCCAAAACUCCUCAGAACCAGGCUUCUGGAUCGAAGACAUUGUUUGUUGGAAACUUAUCAUUCAACGCCGAACGUGGUGAUAUCGAGGAGUUCUUUGGUCAAGCAGGAGAAGUUGUUAGUGUUAGAUUGGCUACAUCUGAGGAUGGUAGCUUCAGGGGAUUUGGACAUGUUGAAUUUGCGACUGAAGCAGAUGCCCAAAAGGCUUUGAAAAUGAAUGGUCAGGACCUAUUGGGGCGUGCAGUGAAGCUUGAUUUGGCUCGUGAGAGGGGCACAUACACUCCACAGAGUGGGAGUACUUUCAAGAAGGGUGGACAAGGUCAGAGCCAAACCAUUUUUGUUAAAGGGUUUGAUAAAUCCCUUGGAGAGGAUGGGGUUCGGAGUGCUCUCCAGGAACAUUUUGGUUCGUGUGGGCAGAUUUCUCGUCUUUCUAUUCCUCCGGAUUUUGAAACUGGUGCCCCCAAGGGUAUGGCAUACAUUGAUUUCAAGGAUCAGGAUGCCAUCUCCCAAGCUUUGGAGCUCAAUGGAUCUGACCUAGGAGGCUACACUUUGACCGUGGAUGAGGCAAAGCCAAGGGGAGAAAGCCGUGAUGGUGGUGGCUGGAGCGGUGGUAGGAGUGGUGGUAGAGGAGAUAGCGGUGGUCGUGGUGGGAGAUUUGGAGGACGUCGUGGUGGACGUGAUGGAGGUGGUAGGGGUGGUCGGGGUAGAGGAGGUGGUGGCAGGGGUGGCCGCGGAACACCUAAUAGACAAAGUUACUCUGCUGCAAGCACCGGCAAGAAGACCACUUUUGGUGAUGAUUAGAGGGUGUUUUAGAUGCUUGCUUGAGGCUGUUGCAAUGCUGAGUGUAUUAUCACAUCUCAGAUGCAAAUUUUUGUGCUUUUAAUUACUCUUUUUCUAUUUUUGUUGUUUUUUAGAUUGUUAGUAUCAUGUUAUGAUACUAGAUUUUAUCCUUGAGCAUUAGUUUUCAGUUUACUUGGAGCUUAAGAGUAUGUAGUGCGACAAUAAUCUAUUAUAUAGCCUGUGCAACUUGGUGAUUCUUUUUUGAUUAA